AUGUCUCGCGAAGUCUACAGCACAGGUCAAACACUACCAAGCACUGGCAAUAGAAGCCCCGGUCGACCAUCGAGACGCUUAACUGAACUGCCGACCGUUGACAAGUCGCCUUCACGAGACUACGGAACCCGAGGAAGUCCUUUAGCCAUGGGGAGUCCAUACUAUCGGGACAUGGACGAGCCCAUAAGCCCUGCUGGCGGCCACCACCGCAGCAGGAGCGCCACCCGAGCUCCGACUCACUCCUUGGAGUAUCCUCGAACUCGCUACCAGUCGCUGGACAGAGGCCUAGUUGAUCCGCACGAUCGUGAGUUCAUCCCCAUCCGGGAGCCUCGUGAUCGAUCCCGGGAUCGGUCCUUGGAACGAGGUCUCUAUCUCGAGGAAGAGCUGUACGGUCGACCGCCUAGGCAAGCAACUCGUGAUUUGUUAACAGACUUUCCAUCUCACGCUGUAGCCAUGCCCGAGCGAGGCUACUUGGGCGAUUUGCAGGUGCAGAAUGGCGAGCUGCAGCGAGAACUGGGUAAUCUAAAGAAGGAACUCGAGCUGACCAAUCAAAAGCUAGGCAGCUCCAUGCACAGUAUCAAGACGUUCUGGUCUCCCGAGCUCAAAAAAGAGCGGGCACUCCGUAAGGAGGAAAGCGCCAAGUACAGCCUGAUCAACGACCAACUGAAGUUGCUGAACAGUGAAAACCAGAAACAAGCGAUGCUGGUCCGCCAACUCGAAGAAGAACUGCGGUUGCGGAUGCGAGCGCCGAACAUCGAAAUGCAGCAACAGAUGGAGGCCCUGUAUGCAGAAAAUGAGCAUCUUCAAAGGGAGAUCUCGAUACUGCGGGACACCAUUAAGGAACUGGAACUUCGGAUAGAAACCCAGAAGCAAACACUACAAGCUCGCGACGAAAGCAUAAAAAAGUUGCUAGAAAUGCUACAAAGCAAAGGAAUGGGCAAAGAGGAGGAGAGACAGAUGUUCCAACAGAUGCAAGCCUUGGCCCAGAAACAGCUUGAUGAUUUCCGUUUGGAAAUUACCCGCCGUGACCAGGAGAUUAUGGCCAUGGCAGCAAAGAUGAAAACCCUCGAGGAACAACAUCAGGAUUAUCAACGGCAUAUUGCCGUUCUUAAAGAGUCACUUUGCGCCAAAGAAGAACACUACAAUAUGUUGCAGUCGGAUGUGGAAGAACUACGGAACAGAUUGGAGGAAAAGAAUAGAAUGAUUGAAAAGAAGACCCAAGGCACCAUGCACACUGUCCAGGAAAAGAACCGUCUUCACACGGAGCUGGCUGAGCUGAAGGAGCAUAUGGACAUUAAAGACAGAAAAAUAAACGUUCUGCAAAGGAAGAUCGACAAUCUGGAGGAUCUCCUGAAGGAAAAGGACAACCAAGUUGACAUGGCACGGGCGCGGCUUAGCGCUAUGCAAGCCCACCAUUGCAGUUCUGAGGGUGCCCUGACAAGCCUGGAAGAAGCGAUUGGCGAUAAGGAGAAACAGAUGCAGCAACUGCGUGACCAACGCGACCGAGCAGAAGCGGAGAAGAAGGAAGAGCGAGAGUUGCACGAGCGGGAGCUGGCCGAAUUCAAAAUGAAGCUGCACUCACUAGAUAGCGAAGUGGAGAAACUUACUACCCGCCUACAUCGCGCGCUGGCAGAGAAGGACCGCUUGGAAGCUAAGCUGGAAAGCUCCCAGAGUGAGCUUGGCAAAUCGAAGGCGGAACUGGAUAAGGCUGCAACCGAUGUUGGCCGCAGCGGUGCCGACUGGGAGCAUGCGAAACAGCGAAUAUCUAGACUGGAGUUGGAAAACGAGAGACUUCGUAACGAGCUGGAGCGAUCACAGGUAGGUGAAAUGUGUAAUCUUGAUAAAACAACAUUUGGUAGAUCAACACUCACCACGUCCCAGGAACUAGAUCGUGCUCAGGAACGGGCGGAUAAAACUACCAACGAACUACGGCGUACACAGGCGGAGCUUCGAGUUACGCAAACCGACGCCGAACGAUCAAGAGCGGAGGCGGCCGCGUUGCAAGAGAAAUUAGAGAAGAGCCAAGGCGAAGUCUAUAGGCUCAAGGCUAAGCUUGAAAACGCACAAGGGGAACAGGAAAGCUUGAAACAGGAAAUGGAAAGAGGCCAGGCUGGCAUACAACGAAUUGUUAGUGAAAGAGAUAAGGCUUAUGGCGAACUGGAGAAGAUACGUGAGGAGCUCGAGCGGACCCAGGCAACCCUCGGCAAAUCUCAGCUGACGCAAGAAAAGUUACAGAACUCACUAGACAAGGCACAAAAUGAAAUUGAUCAUCUCCAGGAGAAGCUGGACAAGAGUGCCGGCGAAACGCGUCGGCUACAACUGGAGAAAGAAAAGAUCAACUACGAGUUUGAAAACAUUCAGUCGCAACUUGACAAAUCCUUGGGUCAGUCCUCACGCAUCCAGAAGGAGAAGGAAGCAGCCCAAAUGGAUCUCGAUCGCUACCGUGAUAAGGCGGACAAACUGCAAAACUCUGUCGCGCGGCUACAGAAGGAGCGCGACGUGCUGUGUGACGAACUCGAGAAGCUGAAGGAGAAGUCGGAAUCUGUCCAGAGUGCGGCUCUCAAGUACCAGCGCGAACGAGACGCUAUCCAGACGGAGCUUGAGGUAGUCAAAGAACGAUGGGAGAAAGCACACCAGAUCCAUCAAAAGUUGCAGAUGGAGCGGGACGAUGCGAUCACCGAGAUUGACAUACUGAAGGAAAAGCUGGACAAGGCGCUGUACGCGAGCCAGAAGGUGAUCGAUGAAAAGGAGACGUCCACAAAGGAAUUCGAGAAGAUGCUCGAGAAGUACGAUCGGGCUCAGAAUGAAAUAUACCGGCUACAGUCCCGUGUCGACACGGCCGAAGCAGACCGGAACCGGCUGGAGGUGGAAGCCGAAAGGUCCGCCCUAGCCGCCUCAAAGGCUCGCGAGGAUUUGCGAAAGCUGCAGGAGGAAACGACGCGCCUCCAGGAAGCGUGCGAUCGCGCCGCCAUGCAGCUCGGACGCUCCAAGGAGCUGGAGGAUAAGGCGAAGGAGGACGUUGACAUGAUCCGCGAGCGGUUAGACAAGUGCCAAACCGAUCUGCGACGGGCACAGUCGGAGCGAGAAAACCAGCAGACCGAAAUCGAGCGCCUCACCUACGAAUUGGACCGCUCACACAACCUCUACACCAAACAAACGGCCUCGCUCGACUCGGCCCAAGAGGAGGUGGCGCGCUACGGUCUCGAGAUCGAAAAAAUGCGAGAGCGGUACGAAAAAACGGCCGCCGAGUUGCGGCGGCUGCAGGAGAAUGAGUCGUUCUCACGUGAGGCGCGGCGCAUGAAAGACGAAAACGAGCGACUUCGCGAAAAGUACGACAAAGUGAUCGUGGAGCUCGAGAACUUCCGUGGCAAGUCGCAGUAUGAGCAGGAAACGUUCGACAAGAUGAAGGAGAAGUUUGAUGCCCGCGAAAACGAUUGUCAGACGAUGGAGCUGAAGCUCCACGAGACGAGUCUGCAGCUUGAUUUGGCCCGAGCCGAAGUGACCAAGCUGAUCGCCAACCAGGAGAAGCAACGGGCGGAUGCCGAACGGGCACACAUCGAGUACGAGAAGAUCCGCGACAAGCACGAGAAGCUCAUCAAGGAGGUGGAGCGAUUGCGCCAGAACCCGCAAUCGGCGAUCAGCCCGGGUGCACUGGCCGCCGCCAGCACCUUGAGCAUGACGGACAAGAACGAGCUCGAACGACUUCGCGAGCGUCUCGAGAAGGCCUUGCAGAGCCGCGAUGCCACCGAAAUGGAGGCCGGUCGUCUAGCCAAGGAACUAGAAAAGGCACAGCUGCACCUUACCAAACAACAGGAGGUGUACGAGGCAACGCGCAUCGAGUUUGAGCGCAUGUCCGCCGAGCUAACGCGAGUGCUGGAGCGGCUGGAAAAAUCCGAGGCCGAGAAGGAAACGCUGCGCCAGUCGACCAAAAUCUACGAAAAACACCACCAGCAGCACGCUAGCAAUCACCACGUCGAGCAGAGCUUAAUGAAGCUGGAGGCCGACAACAAACAGCUGAUGGCCGAGCGCGACCAGCUCGUUAUGCAGCUCGAGAAGAGUCAGGACAUGCUGAUGAGUUUCCAGCAGGAACUGAACGCCGCCGAGCUAGAGUUGCAGCGACAAUGCGAAGAGAACCGGCGCCUCAAGAACUCUCCACAGCAGCCGAAUGCCGUGCAAGGAUCGGCCCAGCAAUCGCAGGCCACAGCUCAGGAGCUACAGAACUACAAGAAGGAGGUGACAAAACUGAAACAGAUGCUCCAAGAAACUGGCGCUCGUGGGGAUAACGAGCUCGAACAGUGGAGAAAAGUGGUGGAGCAGGAGAAAAAUCGCGCAGACCAAGCUGAAAAGGCGGCCAUUGAGCUUCAGAAGCGAAUGCAGGUGAUGGAACAACAACUAAAACAACAGCUUCUACAAAUGACCAAUAUGCAGAAACAAAUGCAACAACAAUCAACACAACAACAGCAACAACAACAACAGCAGCAGCAAUCUCCUGCGAACAAAAAGGAGUUGGAAAAACUCCAGGAAGAUCUAAAAACGGCAGUAACACAGCGUGACCAAUUCCAGAAUCAGCUUGAGUUGUUGGUACAAGAACUCGAAAAGAGCCAGACCGAAGCUCAAGAAUCUACCAAGAAAGCUCAACAGCACCAGCAGCAAUUGGGCCAGCUGCAGCAGCAAAUUCAGCAAUUGCAGCAACAAUUACAGCAAGCCACCCAGGCUGCCAACCAGAAGGUGGCUCAGAAUGCCGGUGUCAGCGAAGCUGAGCGUAAGCAACUCGAAGCGCAAAUGAAACAAAUCGAAGAUGCGACCCGUCUGCUGGAGAGCGAAAGAAAAACAUUCGAGGAUCAGCGCAAGGUGAUCGAGAACAAGCGCAAAGAGCUGGAGGACAAGGAGAAAAAUCUUAUCGAGUUCGAUAAGCAGCUCAAGAAACGCAAGGAGCAAAUGGACCAACUAGAAAAAUCACUGCAAAAGGCUGGAGGAACUGCUGCUGCUGCAGGAGAAUUGAACAAACAGUUAACAGAAACACAACAGAUGCUUGACAAAGCAUCCAAGGAACUGGGCGAGGCCCGUGAAGAAGCCAAGCGUUCUGCAGCGGAAACCGAACGACUGCUGCAGUUGGUACAAAUGACGCAGGAGGAGCAGAACCAAAAGGAGAAAACAAUCAUGGAUUUGCAGCAAGCCUUAAAAAAUGCUCAAGCAAAACUAAAAACAGCACAAGCACAGCCACAGGAUGCGGGACCUGCUGGGUUCCUGAAGAGCUUCUUCUAAGAAGCCUCAAACAUGCAAUACACCCCGUACAGCAACAGUA